ACUAGUCCUAACCUAAUCGGCCUAGGUUAGCCGCCAACCCUAACAUCAUUAAUUAUUAUUAUUAUUAUUAUUAUUAUUAUUAUACAAAUAUAUCUCUCUAACAAACUCCAUUCAGUUUACACUUCGCGUACCCACUUUAGUUAUGUGAAUGAUUUGAGAGUUUUUUCAUAAGUAUAUGAUUUUUUAUAGUUGUUCUUAUUGUCAAUGUUCCUUCAAAUUAGUUUUGGCUGCUCAAUAGAUUGAAAAAUCCCAACAAACCUUUCGUAAUAUAUUGUUUUAUUCAUUUGUUGCCGAUGGCAUUACAAAUACCAUGACGAUAAAUUGUGAAACGUCCCGUCUCUUUUCAAAAACAAAAAAUCGGUUACUCCGGAGCAACCCAAACCACAUUUUCAAAUUAACAAACCAACAUCGUUUAAGAAUUUUUAACGAAAAGCUCCAACACUUGGGCAAAAUUCUCAAUCUCAAACACUUAAAACGAAUUAACACAGAAUCUCCAGUUUAUACUAAUAACCAUGAACAGAAUAAUUAACUAAUCUAACUUGACUCCUCAUCAUCCGAUAUCCCGACGACUCUGGUACUGUUGCUCGCCUCGCCCUGCUUCUUCUCAUGAUUCACUUCUGCUAGACUAUCCUCAACCUGGUGAGUGAGAAGGGGUCAGUCUUGUCGUUACUUCCUAAAGUCUUUGCCCUAGGCAAACUUCCUACUAAACACAUUAUUAGAGUUUUCUUCCUAGCAUGAAAGUCGUUCUCGCUUUCUGCUCUUAAAUAACCAUUCUUAUCAACUCAUUUCAACAUUAACUCAUAAAAGUUCUCGACCUCUAUCCUUAUCUCAACACAAAACACUAGGACCGCCGCGUUACGUCUCGUCGUCUGGUGUCCUACCCUAGUAUGCCAACCGCGUAACGUGUCGCCGUCCGGUUGCAUACCCAAGCUUGGCAAUGGCACUGCGUUACGUCUCGCCGUCCAGUCCAUGCCCGUCAACUACUUCGUUACGUCUCGCCGCCCAGUAGUGACUCAACCGCCCGGGGGUUCCUCAUACCAUCAAUCCAUACAACAUCACAUAUAUUCAUGCAUAGCACAACGCGUGCCUCCACCCUUACAAGCGGUGGGAUGCCUCACACACAUAUCGCGCAUACUAGAAAAAUUAAGUAAAUAAUAACUUGAACGACAAGCGGAAACUAAAAGACCUACGACAGAGAUUUUAACCCCUUUACACUCACCUCAUUAGUCGCAUCAACGUCUGCAUUCUAAAGCUCAAGCCCCGCGCGUUUUUUCCUCUUUUGGAUCCUCCUCUAUCGGUUCAUCGUCUUCCUCUUCAACGGCCGUAACCAUUGAAGCUCCGCCGCCAUUCUCUUCAAGGUCCUCCUCGGGCCACAAUUCGGUGGCCAACUUCGAACUGGCGACACCCCGGGUCGUCUGGGAGGAUAGGGUCGGGGCCUCUCCAUCACUUUACCCCUGCCAUUUGCGAUCACCGAUGUCUUGAUAGAUAACAAGGAGGCUUUUAAAUCAAGAAAGGUUGUCUUAGAGUAUGAAUUUCUUAUUAAUAGGUUUCCUGGGAUAAUCCGACUAAGGAGGGAAAGAAGGCGAGAAAGUUAGCAGUCGAUCGAACUUCGUAGUCUCGCAUGAUGAAGAGGUUCACACCGAUUAGUAGGAGGGGAAGAGUCGCAUCUAUUAGAGACGGAAGGAAGGCCGAGAACUCGACAUCGGUGAUCGCAACUAGCGGGGGUAAAGUGAUGGAGAGGCCACGACCCUAUCCUCCCAGACGACCCGGGGUGUCGGCAGUUCAAAGUUGGCCGCCGAAUUGUGGCUCGAGGAGGGACCUUGAAGAGAAUGGUGGUGGAGCUCCAAUGGUUAGGGCCGUUGAAGAGGAAGAUGAUGAACCGAUAGAGGAGGAGCCAAAAGAGGAAAAACGCGCGGGCUUGAGCUUGAGAAUGCAGACGUUGAUGCGACUGAUGAGGUGAGUGUAAAGGGGGUAAAAUCUCUGUCGUAGGUCUUUUAGUUUCCGCUUUUCGUUCAAGUUAUUAUUUAGUUGAUUUUUCUAGUAUGCGCGAUAUGUGUGUGAGGCAUCCCACCGCCUGUAAGGGUGGAGGCACGCUUUGUGCUAUGUAUGAUGUUGAAUGGAUUGAUGGUAUGAGGAACCCCCGGGCGGUUGAGUCACUACUGGACGGCGAGACGUAACACAGUAGUUGACGGGCAUGGACUGGACAGCGAGACGUAACGCAGUGCCAUUGUUGAGCUUGAGUAUGCAACCGGACGUCGAGACGUAACGCGGUUGGCAUACUAGGGUAGGACACCGGACGGCGAGACGUAACGCGGUGGUCCUAGUGUUUUGUGUUGAGAUAAGGAUAGAGAUCGAGAACUUUGAUGAGUUAACGUUGAAAUGAGUUGAUAAGAAUGGUUAUUUAAGAGCAGAAAGCGAGAACGGCCUUCAUGCUAGGAAGCAAACUCUAAUAAUGUGUUUAGUAGGAAGUUUGCCUAGGGCAAAGACCUUAGGAAGUAACGACGAGACUGACCCCUUCUCACUCACCAGGUUGAGGAUAGUCUAGCAUAAGUGGACCAUGAGAAGAAGCAGGGUGAGGCGAGCAGCAGUACCAACGUCGUCGGAAUAUCGAAAAGCUCGUGAGGAGUCAAGUUAGAUUAGUUAAUUUUUCUGUUCAUGGUUAUUAGUAUAAACUGGAGAUUCUGUGUUAAGUCGUUUUAAGUGUUUGAGAUUGAGAAUUUUGACCAAGUGUUGGGGAUUUUCGUUAAAAAUUCUUAAACGAUGUUGGUUUGUUUAUUCUAAAAUGUGGUUUGGGUUGCUCCGGAGUAACCGGUUUUUGGUUUGAUUUUUAAAAAGAGACGGGACGUUUCAUCUUGCUUAAACUAUUCUCGACCAACAGACAGGGCUAGAAGAUAGCUACAAAUAAACAAUCCAUGACAAAAACUUUGAUUGAGAUAUUUAUCAAACUAAGUUCAAAUAUCCGGCCAACUGGCUGAGUCCAAGCUAGUUAUAUUAAUAAAUAAAUAUCAUUCAUAAAAUAGCAUCAAGUCUCUCGUCCUACCAAAGUUUCCAAGUUAAACAUCUUUUUUGGGGAGUCUUAUGAAGUCUUUGAUCCUUGCUACGAGCUACUGAAUUUUUUAGCCUACUUUUUGCGCUUCUACAAUUUCUGUGUGCGAGUUUAGGAUCAUUCCUAAUCCUAAUUUAGUAAUUACAUUGUAUUGAAAAUCAACCAACACACAUAACGGGUAAAGAUGCUCACGUAGUGUAAUUCAUUGGUAUAUUAUUUGGUUAGGUUAUUAGGAGUUCUUGAACUUAUAAUUAUGGAGUACUUGCACAUUUUAUAUGGUAAUGGGGUCCUGGCUCGAAUUAGCUGGCAACACUGCAUGUCUGCUUAAUUAACAUGGCUACUCUCACAACAGGGACUCACCACCUGAGUUAUGAUCGGUGCGUUACAUAUUGUCGUCUAGUGUCGCAACAACAAAGGUAUACCAACCGCGUCACAUAUCGUUGUCCAGUUGCAUGCCUAAACAUAGGCAAUGCAACUACGUUACGUAUCGUCACCUAGUUCCAUGAUUGUUCAACUACCGAGUUAUGUAUCAGCGCCCAGUUCCAUUCCAUGACUGAUCAACUAUCGCGUUAAGUAUUCCCGUCCCGUAGUGUUUCAUUGUGUUGUGGCUAACCAAGCGAGAUUUAGUAGUUUACUUGUUCUUACUUAUGAACUUGUUCUUACUUGAUUGGUUAACUUGAUAGCUUAUACAUGCUUGCCUUAAUUACUUCGUAACACCAAGGAGAGAUAUAAUAGGUCAUUCUUUUUUUUACUAAACUUACUUGAGCUUG